UCUUUUCAUUAUUUAAACACUCCUCCCCCUUCCAUGUUCUUUAUAUAUUCUCCACGAGAACGUACACGUAAUGGCUAGUCUAAACAAGCAAAUGAAGGGAUUCAAAUCCUUCUACAAGUCUCGAGAUGGAGCUCAUCAUAAUGUACCGGCUCGUAACCUUGUUUCUAUGAGUUCGGUGGAUAAAACAUCCGUUUACAAGUAUAACUGGUUGAAUGGGAAAUCUAAGAAAACAAGCGAUCAGAAUGGUGGUGGGGGCGGGUGCGGGGGAAGAAAGGUGGUGGUCGAGGGGAGGAAGUCGGUCUCCCAAGUGGAAACAAAUUUGGCAUCAGUGGCUGCGUUUCUUCAAGUGAAGGUGUUGGUAUCAGACAUGCCUGAGAUGAUGCAAGUUGAGGCUUUUAGGACUGCAAGGAGGAGUUAUGAUAGCUUGGAGAAGUUCAGCUCAAAGUAUAUGGCUUACAAUAUUAAAAAGGAGUUUGAUAAAGUUCAUGGGCCGGCCUGGCAUUGUAUUGUCGGCUCAAGUUUUGGGUCAUUUGUGACCCACUCAACAGGUUGUUUCCUAUAUUUUUCAAUGGAGAAACUCUAUAUUUUGUUGUUUAGAACUAAGAUUCAGAAGGCUAAUGAAUGAGCUUGAGUUCAUAGAAUGAUGAAC